AUGGUUGGAUGUGACUUGUUUGACUUCCAGUUAAGCAAGUACCUACUGCUAGUGGACUAUUACUCGAAAUAUAUCGACGUCGUCGAACUGAGCUCAACUACAACCUCAUCGAUAACUAACGUCAUGAAGCAAAUAUUCGCUUGCCACGGCAUCCCACUGCGGAUUCGAUCAGACAACGGGCCACAAUUCAGCUCGACUAGAUUCAAUAAAUUCUGCCAGGCGUACGGAAUCGAACAUCAGACUUCUAGCCCACACUUCCAGAGCUCCAAUGGGGAAGCAGAGCCAGCGAUACAAAGAGUGAAACGCCUAUGGAGCAAGGCAGAGGACAAAUACUUAACUCUACUAGACUACCGAACUACACCGUUGGAGGGAAUUAAAUUGUCCCAAGCUCAACUUCUGAUGGGCGGGCGCCCCAGGAAUACUUUGCCUGCCUCUACGGAAAUCCUAAAACCCAGAAUAGACGCUAUAGUAGUGAAAGAACACUUCAAUAAAAAGAAGGCAAAACAAAAGGUCUACUAUGACCUUAAGAGAGGUGUGAAGGAGCUAAAACCACUAGAACAAGGUGACAGCAUACACAUGAACCCUCUUCCAGGCUCCAAGUCUUGGAAAUCGGGGACGGUGGUAAAGCACUAUGGGAGACCCAGAUCCUACGUCAUCUGCAGCAGAGGUCGGCUGUAUCGCCGCAAUCGCAGACACCUCCGAGAGACAUCAGAAGCAGCAAACCAACAGGACACUACUACAUUGGACGACGGGCAGCUGGGCGUCAGCGACAAACAACACGAGAGCCGAAGAGAACACCGAGAGUGCAUCAGAGGCGAGAGACGGGACAGCACGAACGGGUGA